AUGUUUAUCACGUCACACUUCCGUCCGCUCGUCACUGGCAACCCCCUCCUCGUCCUCCUCGUCCUCCUCCUCAUCGGCAGAACUUCCUCGCAGCCGGACGUGAAUAUGUCGUCCCGCCAGUCCCGCUCCUCUUUUCUUGCGGGCUUUGAUCGCAUCGUCUCCAACGUGUCCUCGGCUGCGCAGUCGUCAAAACGGGACCAGCCUGUCGAAGCAUCGCCAUCAUCUGACGACUAUGCUUCGCGAUACUUUGCAAUCCAUGUGGUGGACGAGGAGACGAAUCGGGGCAUCCCCCUCGUCUACCUGCGAACGACAUAUAAGAUGGUCUACAUGACGGACAGCGCCGGCUAUGUCGCCUUCUACGAACCUGGCCUGAUGACGGGCGAACCGCUCUGGGUUACUUUCAGCAGCUACGGCUUCGAAUCGCCGACUGGGUUUCUGGGGAUCGCUGGCACGCAGAUUCAUCCAAAGCCAGGCGGCUCAGUCGAGAUCAGGCUCAAGAGGACACAGGUUGCCUCGAGGCUCUACCGGAUGACAGGGUACGGCAUCUACCGCGACAGCGUUCUGCUGGGCAAGCCCACGCCAAUUGAGAAUCCCGUCAUCAACGCCAAGGUUGCCGGGAGCGACACUGUGCAGUGUGCCAGAUUUCAGGGGAAAUUGCUGUGGAUGUGGCAGGAUACGGACCAAAUGUCGUUUCAGUUGGGAAACUUUUCGAUGACGGGUGCCACCACAGACUUGCCAGAGAGGAUCGAUCCGGAGAGGGGGCUCAGUUUUGACUACUACACGGAGGACAGCAAGCCAGAGAGCUUUGUCCGAGCGAUGGUCAAGAUAAAAAUCCAAAAGGAGGGCAGCUUCCCUAUUUGGGUCGACGGCCUCACAGUUGUGCUGGACGAGGCCGGCAGAGAACGUCUUGUCGCCAGAUACCAUGCCGCGGGCCACAGCAUGGAGUGCAUUGAGGAGGGUCUCGUGCUGUGGGAUGAACAGAAACAAGUCUUUGAGAGGCUGAAAAAGUUCGACAAGUGCAACAAUCCCCUAGCACCAAGCGGCCACACGAUAUAUGUCCGCGAAAACGGGAUCCGGUACGCGUUCUACGGGAAAAAUGUGCGAGUGAGGGCCGACUUAGCCAGCGCAAGCGACCCGUCACAGUACGAGGCCUUCACGUGUCUCACGCCUAAUGGCCAGCGAGCAAAUCGUGGACGGGACGGAGCGCCCAUCUGGAGCUGGGUCAAGGGAGGGCGACCAGUCAACUUUGAAACUGCAGACGGCCUUGUCAACGCAGGCAUCAUCCGCCGGGAGGAGUCACCAUACCGCCUGAGAGAUGUGGAGACAGGCCAGCCUCUCCUCCCAGCACAAGUUGGCAUUGCAUGGAAUCCCUAUCUAAAGCUCUGGGUGAACAUCAUCCAGCAGAAAUUCGGUGACACCACUGCUGGCGAGAUCUGGUUUUCGACAGCAAAGUCCCCCGUGGGUCCAUGGGAACAGUCUCGAAAGGUCGCCACUCAUCACAUGGCUCGUGACAUGUACAGCAAUAAUCACAACGAUCUGUACAAUCCGGUCCAGCACUAUGAACUCAUGAGGGCGGGAGGGAGGUUCAUCUAUUUUUCUGGCACGCUGGUGAAUACAUUUUCUGGGAAUCCAUGGUGGACCCCUUACUACAAUUACAACAACAUUAUGUAUCGUUUGGACCUGAAGGACACGAGACUCGGACUGCCUCAGCCACCAAGAGGGCUCUGGCAGACAGAUCCGGAUGACUAUUAG